AUGAGAAGAGGUGUAGGCCACUCAUCAGAUAUUUGGUGCGGGUUCUUUUUAGUAGUUGCAUCGACGAACCAUAACGACAUAACCGGCGACAACGGCGAUGACGACCACAACGAAGACCACAGCGAUAGCGACACACACACUCAAGAAAACACCGAUAGGCAGUGGCAGUAUGCCGAAGCCAUUGCUGAUGACGAUGAUAAAUGUUGA